CCACAUACGUAUUUUACAGUGCAACUAUCAAUUACCCGUACUGAAUUAAAAAAAGAAUAAACUGAGGAAAGUCGAGUUGUUUUGAAACAUGUUCCUUUUAUGGAAGUCACGGGGGGCAAGGUAACGACCGUGCUGCUCUCAGCAACCUUGCCUUCUUACUAGUAGUACCCUCCUCCUAUAUACCUAUUUUUCAAUAUGGCUGCCAUUUACGCCGUAUAUACCUCUCCUACACACCCGCCGAUCCCAAAUCAUCUCCCCACUCUCAUAGUAACUCCUCAUGGUCAACCAUCUAACAUUCUCUACUCUUACCUCCACACCAACUUUAAUUCCGAGAAUUACCUUUUGACUCCUUCCCCCCAAGGUGACCUUUGUGUCGCCAAGCUUUUCCCCCCACGUCAGAUUCCUGGAAAAUCUACUGCAUCCGACCCUGGUCAUUCCUCUUCUUCCGCUGCCCGCUUGGUUCGCUGUGAAGCAUCCCGUAAUCUCAAAUGGUCGAUUGCAAACACAGGUGUGAUAUCACCUAUCUACAAGCUCUCCCUACCAUCCCCAGACUCCCCCGAUCUACCCCUCUUCCAAAUCUCCAAACCCAAUCCUAAUGCUGCUUUCUGGAGCAUGUUCUACUUCGCUUAUGCUGGUCAUAAUAUACCCCCCAAGCGCAUUGAAUUCGGAAAGAUACAGAAGAACCCACCAGGUCCAAACGGUGGUGGAACUAGAAUUAGUAUCACAGGCAAAACACCCGAGGAAAAGGCUGUGUGGCAGACCUUGGGAGAGGGAAACGAGGACUGUGUCGAAUGGGUGGUUCUCUGCGCAGCCCUGAACCUUCUCGACGAUGAGAUCAUGAAGGCGGCCGAGAAGAAUCCCCCUACUCCUGCUGCACCUGGUCCCAUGCCAAACGGUGCGCCCGGUCCUAUGCCCAAUGGCACGCCUGGCCCUGGUGGUCGACCGGCGCCUGUUGCGCUCCAUGACCCUGGUCCAGCCUCUGCACCUUCUCAAGGCCAGCCACGGCCUGGCCCAUCGCAGCAGCAUCCACCCCGCGGUCCACCCCCUCCCCAUGCCCAAGGAGGGCCAGGUCCUGGGCCGGGUGGUCGCCCCCCACAAGGGUUCCCCCCUCCAAGAGGAUUCGCACCUGGACAAGGACCCCCUCCAGGGUCCAUGCCGCCUGGUCCUGGUCAAGGCGGUUAUCCUCCAGGGUUUGGUCCCGGACGUCAUCCUCCACCACAACAGCACCGCAUGCCGGGUCCCCCUGGUGGCCCUCCACCUGGUAUGCUCCCUGGCCGUGCGCCACCGCCACAACAGCCACAUCCUCAGCAAAUACCCCCUGGACAACAACAGCAGGCAAUGCCAAGACGUUUCUGAUACUCUUGUAUACCUGGACAGCUUAUCAUGAGACAGUCUACUUUACCCCCUUUACCCUCUCCCUGACAUUUCUGGUACUGGACACCUUCAUAGGUUUCACAUGCUCGCUGACUCUGGAUUAUCGUGCCUUUCGUCUUUUAGUGAUCGACCUAGUUUGACCUUCUUGAUGAUAUUGUCACCCUCUUUUGAAUCUCUCAGGU